AUGAAACUCUAUUUAAUUUUUCUAUUGAUUUUUCUGAUUUCUUCAAUUUCUGCCUACGGAACCACUAAAAGCAAAUUGUCCAAAAACACAAAGGUAAGUUGUUCUAACUUAAGAAGAUGAUAACAUCUCUGAAGGAAAACUAGAUUUUCUCUUUGUUUCAGAAGGUUAUCUUGGGGAAGAUCAGAGAUUAUUGCCAUUUGUGAAAUGAGAAAUUUUUGGAAGAGAAAAAUUUAAUUUUGAAAAGUGCUUAGGUGAAAUUGGAUUAUCAAAAAUUGGAGAUUUUUUGGACCGAAAACAAUGGAAAAAAAUCCACGUGGAUUUUUUUAUGUGAUAUUAGAGCUUAUGUGUCAAGUAACUGAGUCUAGAAAACCCCAUUGUCAAGGAGCCUCGCCUUGAGAGCUUAUGUAUCAAGGAUCAGAGCCUAGAGAACCUAUAUGUAUAGGACACACAUCUACAGAUCCCCUAUGUCAAGCAGCCACGCUUUGAGAUCUGCAUUUACGAGUAGCCGCGCCUAGAGAUCCACUCUGACAAGGGGCAGCGAUUACAGAGCCUAGUUCUCAAGUAGCCACGCCUUGAGAUCCACUCUGACGAGGGGAAACGCCUACAGAUUUUUUUGACACGUGGAUUUUGCUGUAUGAAAAUUUAAGACUGAACUUUUUUAAGUCACAGUAACUCGGAAUCUCAAAAAAAAAAACCCAAAUUUUUGAUCUACUGCAAAAUUUUAAACGAUGCUCCGCACUCACACCCAAGUUUUUCGAGCGGAGCGAGUGUAAACCGCAAGUUUCCGCUUCAGCAGCACUAUCUUCCGCGAAGCGGCAACGUUAGCUUAACUUUCUGGAUAUGCAAAAAGACCUAACUUCUCCCGCAAGCUUCCGCAAAGCGGCGAAGUUAGCCUAACUUCUUCCUAGAAAUUAAGGCUAACCUUUUCGCUUCGCGGAAGCUUGCGGAAACCCCCAAAUUUUUCUAGAAACACGUCAAUCGCCUCGUAAAUUGCCUAACUCCAGUCGACACAGUUCUCGCCGCCAAAACAGCCGACUGCACGGAUAGUUUUUGUGUGUCAAGUGCCAAACAAUAUGCUCAGAAAAAGUAUCCGCAACAAUAUCAUAGCACUGUUGUUCCUUGUCUGUCAAGCACAACAAUCACAACACCAAUUCCAACAAAAAGUCUAGAUGAGAAUGUUCAAAAUUCUACUGUUUCAAUUAAUUGA